AUGCGCUGUGCACAUCCCUUCUCAGUCCGACUGAAAGAAAAGCGAGAAGAGCUUUGCUGCUCGCUGAGACAAUAUCAUAUUAGAAUGGAAGAAGACUCUCUCAGGUCAUUCAUGUUUUACUCUUCCUCUUAUGUAAAUGGUCACAUUGGAUUUUGUGGUCGUAUAAAACAAUUACCAAGUGAUUUUGUAGUAACAGAAAUUGAUACAUCCGGGCAGUUGGUUAAUGCAAUCACAACAGAUAGUCUUCCCAAAAGCAAGGAAGGCCUGUCAGAAGAACUUAAGAUCUAUGAGCAGGAUUGCAAAGGACCAAGGUUGAGUCCUCCAGAGCUGAGCAUAGAAGAGGAAUGUUGCAGCAUUCCAGAUGACAGUGCUCUGUGUACAGCAGAAGGUCUUUCUCCCUCCAUUAGCGGUUCUGAAGCUUUUGAAGAUAGUAAUGUACUUGCUCGUCAGCUUGACAGAGUUGAUACACUGGACUCGUUAAUAGAGAACUCUGUAAGUGAGCAGCUAAGGCUGUUUGCUUGUAAUGUGAAGGACACAUGGAAUUCUAAAUCUGAGCCUGCAGUUCAUCGUGCUGACUUCUCACUUGGUCCAAUCCUUGACAAGAGGAAUCGUGCCAGCUUGCAUUGUGCCAUCAGACAGGAGUAUCCCUUCUUGAUCACCGUUACAAAAUGCAAUGAAAUCAUUGUGAAAGCAAACCAAGAUUACCAGGAGCUCUGCCACUUAGUGUCUGAAGAGGAAGCAUGUGGUUUUCUAAAGUUUUUAGAUGCCAGAGUAGAAAAGUCAAAGUUUGCUUUUAGACCUGAUGGAGAUAAAGAGCACCGUAAGAAAGUUCACCAUUUUAUCAAUACAAAAUUUGGAAAACUGGUGGAAACAAAGUCAUUCCCUGACACUCAACAAAAUGCAGUGGUUGUGGUAAGAUUUCGUGAGAAAUACGGUUUCCGAAAAAGGACUAAUGCUGACCGCAGAGAAAAACAAGCAUUAUACACGGCAUUUACUCUCCGGAAAGAAAACCUGGAAACGCUUGAAGCAAUUGGCUAUUUGUCUUCUGAACUUGGCGUGCUGUCUUCAGACUUCAGUUACGCAGGCAUUAAAGACAAGAAGGCCAUUACGUACCAGGCUAUGGUGGUGAAGAAGGUAACUCCUAAAAGAUUGAAAGAACUUGGAAGGUCAAUUGAGAAAAAAGGAAUCUGUGUGGCUAAUGUACAUUCUGCAAGCCAGCCACUUAGGCUUGGUCAGCUGCAAGGAAAUCACUUUGAUAUCAUUGUGAGAAACGUAAAGCAGCACAGCAAUGACUGUUCCACAAGCCUGAACGAGAGAAUAUGUGAAGCCAUUGAGAAUGUCAAGAAAAAUGGUUUUAUCAAUUACUAUGGACCUCAGCGAUUCGGGCAAGGGCAGAACAUUCAGACUGAUCAAAUUGGAUUGGCUUUGCUGAAUGAUGAGCUGAUUAAAGCAGUAAGACUGUUUCUCACACCAGAAGAUACAGAUGAUCUUGUAAAUAAGGCGAAGAAAUAUUUUCUUCAGACCGAGGAUGCGAAGGGCACCCUUGCAAUGCUGCCCGACUUUAAAGUAAGAGAGAAGAUGUUGCUUCGUGCAUUAAAUCGCUAUGGGAUCAAUCAAGAGGGGUGCUGCCGAGGAUGGCUCAGCAUUCCUCAUUCCAUGCGUAUCUUCUAUGUUCAUGCCUACUGUAGUAAAAUUUGGAAUGAAGCCGCUUCCUUCCGGAUUAAGACAUACGGUACAAGAGUUGUGAAUGGCGAUCUGAUCUUUGCUGAAGAAAGUGCUGCAAACUCUUCACUAAAUGACAAGGUUCACGUAGUAACAUCUGCAGAAGAAAUGGCCGAUAAAUAUACAAUUAAUCAAGUUAUUCUCCCAAUGGUUGGUUACAGCAUUAGAUAUCCCAAUAACAAAGUUGGAGAAUGGUACCGUGAAAGGCUGGCCAGCGAUGGACUUCAGGCAUGCAAGUUUAGACUUCCUACGUUACAGCUGAAUGUGCCUGGCUGCUACAGACACAUCUUGAAAUAUCCUCACAAUCUGUCAUAUAGUUUCUUAAAUGACAAUGUAAAUGAGACAGGUACUGGAGACAGUUCCCUCGAGGAUUCAGUCACUUCUCUUUCUAUGUCAUUUUGGCUUGAUCCAUCAUGUUAUGCCACUGUUUGUUUGGGGGAAAUAAUGAAAUGUGACAUUUGAAGAAAAAACCAGUGUUUAGCACCACUUGACAGGGAUAUGGUGUGAUUCUUCUCCAGGAUGUGUUUUCCUUUAGGGUGAUCCCUGCACCAGAGAUCAGUGGACUUGAGUGUGUGGGCCUAGUGUGGGAUGCUGGGCAGAAGGUGAGUGUUCUGGUGGCGUACCAUCUGCCCAGCUAUCCAGUAGACAACUUGCUGAGGGUGACAAGUGGUUCUGGCCGACUGGGUGUUGUGCCUCACCAGGCUAAUAUUCUGGUGGACUUCAACAUCCAUGUGGAGAUGACUCUGUCAGAGGAGUUGCUUCAGAUUUUAUGGCUGCCAUGGCAACACUGGGAUUCGUCCAGGUUCCCUGGAAGCAACUCUGUCAGUGAGUCUUGGAACAGGGAUCUUCAGGGGGCCGUCGAUUGGAUUGCUCCCCGACGCUCUUUUUUCCCUUGUCUCUCUUUAGCUCCUUAGUUUAAUGAGGAGCUGAGAAAGUUUAAGAGGAGACUUAGAUGGCUAAAGAGAAAUUGGCAUUGGACUCAUGGUGAAGCUAUAAGAACACGCUAUAGAGUCCAUUUGAAGGCCUAUGAGGUGGCGGUGAAGGCAGUAAAGAAAUCUUACUUCUCUAUUCAAACUUGGGUCUCUCGGAUCCUAGUCUGGUACUUUAACCACUACGCUAGGCUGCAGGUUACAUCCCAUGAGUGAACCCCUCAGAUUACACAAAAACAAAGUAGCACCAUUAAGUAGCACUACAUUAUUUUCCUUGUCCUCCUACUGUUGUGCUUGAGUUCCCCAGAACACAGCCUUUCUUGUGUGACUAUCCCCUUCUGGUCAGCAGUGUACGCUCAGCUUGUUUCCAGCCAAAUUAUCUUGGGUUCUUCUUUUCCUCUCUGUUUUCUGCUUUUCAGUCUCUGUCUAUUCUUCCCAUCCCUCCAUAAAACACCACUUCUCAGACCACUUUCUAUUUCAUUCCCCUUCCUGCUCUCCAAAAUAAGCCACAUUAUUAAGCAAGGUAAAAACAAACCCAUUCAAAGCCUUCUGCUACAAGGUGGGAUGCUGGAUCUUUGACCCCAGGUCAGCCUAUGCAAUUAACAGUUAUGUUUGCACAGUGCAUAGGGCACAUAUUUCCCACUUUUUUGUUUAGACAUUGUCUUUUAACAACUGAACUACACACAACACGGAGCUGCAUGGAGGCUCACCCUAGUAACUUUUUUUGUUUUGUAAAAUACACCUAUAGAGGCUGAAAAUUAAAGUGGAAGAUUGAUGCAUGGGGGAAGAAUUCCUAACCCUUUCACGUUGAACUGCUUUUCCAACUAUAAAUCUUCUUCCUCCUCCUUCAAGUUGCCUUUUGCCCUGCAAGAGUGCAAGAUACGGCUUUUGUUCUGCAAAGUGCCAGUGGAAGGUGCAUGGCUUUCCCCUGUAUUCCCAUUCCUCUCCCCUCUCCAUAGUCUUUUUAGAUACCAAGAGAGUUGGGCAAAUUGCUUUGCCUCCAUAUAUUGUUAGUACUGCUUAACUGGCAAAAGAGAGGAGGGUGAAAUUCCAUCCCCUUCCAUCCCCUCAUUGCAUCCCCAACCCAUGCUGGUCCUGCAACAUUAGGAGUAAUGCAAGGGAAUGGAGAAGAGAAUAAGUAUACAGGGGAAAUCUGCCUUCUGUUGGGGCUUGGAAGAUUCCCAUGGCUAGUAUUUGUAUCUUUUGCCUUGCAGGACAAUAUGCAGUUGGGGGGGAUUUCCUUUUUAGCAGAAAAAUGGCAUAAGAAAGGGUUCAGACAAAGCCCUCCUGCCCUGCACUGGUUACAUCUAUUGCCUGCUGAGGAAAAUCACUGAGCUAGGAAGCAGGUGAGGGGGAAGGGGUUUAAAUCCCACUAUGUGGAAUCAGGACAAACCUCACCUUUUGGAUAUUUGGCUGACAACGGAAGAGGGGAAGAGGCAGAACUAGAACCCACAGAGAAACUAUUUAACCACGCAGGAACAGAAAGAAGGGCAUUUGGAAUCCUCCAUUAGUUCUAGUGACAACAUCUAUUCCUCUUCAAAGGACAUUUUUUUUAAAAAAAUUUAAAAACAUUUAUUAAAAUUGAAUUUAACUUCUUAUAAACAAUGAUAACAUUAAAGAUAAAUAGCAAUAACAUUAAAGAUGAUAAAACCAGCGGCUGCAAGGUACAAUAUUGACAUUCCUAUGUUAUAUGUCUAUUGAGUCAAUAACUCAGGUUAUCUGCGUGGAUUCUUUCGAUGUUAUAAGAGAUUGAAAGCUUUAUUUUGUUGUUAAUUGUUCAGGAGCGUAAUAUGUAUCAUGAUGAACCAAAUGAUCGAAUAAGGUGUUUGCUAAUGUCAUUUGUUGUUGUGUGAGGUCUGAAUAAGGAUGUAUAGCCAUGAGUGUUCAUAGAUUUGAAAUUUUCAUAACAUUAUGGUUUGAUAUACUGGAGUUUUUGCUUGUGUAUUGUUCAGUGAAGGGGAGCCUUCAAAGGACACAAAUACAGGAAUUUUAUGGUACCUUAAAAAAUAAUUAUGUUUUAUUCCAGCAUAAAUUUUGUGUUCUAGAUACCACUUCUUCAGAUGUCAUGAGGGAAUCCUUAUUAAAGUAGUGGUUUUUAUGUAAGGGUUGGCCACUGUGUGAGACAGGAUGAUAGACUAGAUGGACCACUGGUCUGAUCCAGUAGGGCUCUUCUUAUGUUAUUAUGGCUUUGUAAGCAGAGUGAGUGGAUGAUAAUUUGAGCUCUUUCUCAGUUCUAGUUUGACUUCUGCCACUUCUUAUGCCAGUACAAUGGUAUGCCAUUUUUCAGGAUGACAGCACAGACUGAGUGAGCUCAGGAUCUCAGCUAAGGGUAUCUCAGCUAAGUCUUGCUCUUCUACUGCUGUGGCCCUGAGUCUUUUUGGUUUUCUGUCCAUAUGCUGGCAGAGUUGUGCCAGGACUGAGAUUACACUGGCAAAAUGUUAAGAUGGCAUAACUAUGAUGUUAUAAUAGCACAAAGUCCCCAACAAACAGUCCAUUCAAGAUCCACCACACAAGAAACCCUAGAAGGGAUCCUAUAGCUCUUCGGGUGGUAUAACUAUCAUUGUAUUUGCACUGUGAUUUGUCUAGUUCCUAGUUGUUUUUCCACUAGAGCUAAAAAAAUUUAUUCAGCAGACCUGUGCUGUGGUCUUAGUUCAGCAGCCAGCAGAGAUGAAUCUUUCAAAGGCCACUGUCUGCAUCAGGGAUCAAUUCUUUUAAAAAUAGUUCUUUUAAAAAUAAUUAAGCCAGCUGGGUGACCUUGGGUCAGUCACCGCUGUCUGGAGCUCUCUCAGCCCCACCCACCUCAUAGUGAUUGUUGUGGGGAUAAUAAUAACACACUUUGGGCAAAAUCAACAGCAGCUCGCAUACAGGCUUUCUCUGUGGUGGCCCCUACCCUGUGGAAUGGCCUGCCUGAGGAGGUCAGGAGAGCCCCCACCCUCCUGACUUUCCACAAACAAUGCAAAACCAAAUUAUUCAAAAAGGCUUUUUACUCAAAUAGGAGGAAAGUAUUGUAGCGAGGGGGUCUCAGAUGCUUCGCUAAUGAGUUAGGGACCAUAGACUUCACCACUAUGUUGCCUUGCAUAUUUGUUACUUUGCAUAUGUACUCAUAUAUACUACCUGUGCUUCAUGUUACCUGGGUCAGUCCUAGAAUUGAUUAUGUUCUGUUUCAGUAAUUCUUAACUUUGUAUUGGAUCCUUGCUAAUGCUAUGUCUUUGUAAAAUCGUAUGACGUUGUUUAUGGCAAAGUCCUUGACACAUUAUGGAAAUGUCCUUGAUGCUGAUUGUACUAAUCUCACACUAUGUAAUCCGCCUUGAGUCUCAGUGAGAAAGGCGGACUAUAAAUAAAUAAAUAAAACAUUUGUAAGCUGCUCUGAGUAGCUGUUAAGUUGUCCUGAAGGGCAGUAUAUAAAUUGAAUGUUAUUAUAUUUUUAAGAGUGCAUAGAAAGAUUUAUAACACUAAUAACAAUCAAUUGCCUUUCUAAUAUGCCCCAAACACAUCUAGGAAUGUGAUAAUGACCCUGGGAGAUCUCAUUCUUGUAGUUUUUUUUUAACCAGACAUAGCUAAUCAAGUAAUGGUAAGAUUAUUUGCUCUUAUGCUAAUUUUUCUUGUGAAGAAUGCAGUUGUAUCAAUAGACUUUGAAACAACUAUCAGAACUUUGGCUCAACUAGUUAGCCAAGGAAUA